AUGUGCUCCCGCCAGGACAAGGACCAGUGCCACCGGCAGCAGCGCCAGAGCAGCUCCGGGGGCUGUCACAGCUCGGGGGGCGGCGGCUGCCACAGCUCGGGGGGCUCCGGGGGCUGCCACAGCUCCGGGCGCAGCUCCGGGGGCUGCCACAGCUCGGGAGGUGGCGGCUGUCACAGCUCGGGGGGCUCCGGGGGCUGUCACAGCUCGGGAGGUGGCGGCUGUCACAGCUCCGGUGGCUCCGGCUGCCACGGGAAGCCGCAGCAGCAGCAGCAGCAGCAGCAGCAGGUGCCGCAGGUGCCGCAGGUGCCGCAGGUGCCGCAGCAGAAGAUGAAGUGA